CUUGGAACGAAGCUGGCAAAGCUCGAAGUCGGACCAGAGAAAAGUCCCAUAUUCGUCCACGAAGACCUCUUCUGUUCCCGGUCGGUAGCACUCAAAAAGCUAUUCCAGAAAUGCCGUAAACCUUUCAGCGCUGAUGACGAAUGCGCGGUCUGCACCGAAGGCCUCGACCCAGAGAAGCGAGUCAUCCUGCACUGCAAGGCGUGCGGCAAAAACAUCCACGAGGAAUGCAUUGAGGACUGGUGGAAGACCACAGCAAAGACUUGUCCAAUGUGCCGAGCGAAAUGGACCAAGGAGGAACAGGACGUCAUGCAGACUGCUCAGUUUCCAGAGUUGGACCCCACUGCAUUCAAUCUCUAUGUCCGAUGGGUGAAUCAAGACGCCGCGUUUCAGGAGUGGGACGAAAAAGAGGAGACGAUAGAUGACAGGGUGCUGUUACUGUUCAAAGCCUAUAGUGUUGGCGACAAGCUCGUGGACUGUUCAUUCCAGACUGCAGUGCAAAUGCAGAUCAUCGAAGAC